AAACAAAGGUGCAUUCUACAAAGUAAAACGAAACCAAACAAGGAACAAGUGAGUCCUCCUGUUUUGGUCUCUUCGAUUUCUUCUUCCACAACAGUGACUCACUCUUCGAAUGCAUCAUUUUCAUUUUCACAUUCAUAUUUCCCAUUCAAAUCCCUAAUUCACUUCAAACCCAUCCAUUUCCCAAUCCCAAUGGAGGAUUCCGAGGGAGUCCUCAGCUUCGAUUUUGAGGGCGGCCUCGACGCCCCUCCCGCCUCCACCGUCGUCGCCGCCUCCGCCGCUGGACCCCUCGUCCAACACGACUCCUCCGCCGCAGCUUCUGCUGUUGCUAACGGAGGCGCAGCAGCUCCCUCCCCUGCUGACCCCGCCGCCGGCAACGUCCCCGGACGGCGGAGCUUCCGGCAGACGGUGUGCCGUCACUGGCUUCGCAGCCUCUGCAUGAAAGGCGACGCGUGCGGGUUCUUGCACCAGUACGACAAAGCGCGGAUGCCGGUGUGCCGGUUUUUCAGACUCUAUGGAGAGUGCCGAGAACAGGAUUGCGUGUAUAAGCACACUAAUGAAGAUAUCAAGGAGUGUAACAUGUACAAGUUGGGAUUUUGUCCUAAUGGGCCUGAUUGUCGAUAUAGGCAUGCAAAAUCUCCUGGACCUCCACCUCCUGUUGAAGAGGUCCUUCAAAAGAUCCAACAUUUAUAUUCUUACAAUUAUAACGCCUCUAAUAAAUUUUUCCAACAAAGGGGUGCUAGCUAUACUCAACAAGUUGAAAAAUCCCAGCUUCCUCAAGGAAUUAAUUCUACUAACCAAGCUGUGGCUGGGAAAACAUUACCAGCAGAGUCAGGAAAUGCCCAGCAGCAGCAACAAGUUCAACAGUCUCAGCAGCAGGUCAGCCAGAACCAAGUGCAAAGUGUUGCUAAUGGCCAGCCUAAUCAAGCCAAUAGAACUGCAACCCCUUUACCUCAAGGAAUAUCUAGGUAUUUUAUUGUUAAAAGUUGCAAUCGGGAAAAUUUGGAGUUAUCUGUACAACAAGGAGUAUGGGCAACUCAAAGGAGCAAUGAAUCCAAACUAAAUGAAGCAUUUGACUCUGUGGAAAAUGUGAUACUAAUUUUCUCAGUCAACCGAACUCGACAUUUCCAGGGAUGUGCAAAGAUGACAUCCAGAAUUGGUGGUUCUGUUACUGGUGGGAACUGGAAAUAUGCUCAUGGAACUGCACAUUAUGGGCGGAAUUUCUCUGUUAAGUGGUUGAAGUUAUGUGAACUGUCAUUCCACAAAACUCGCCAUUUAAGGAAUCCAUACAAUGAGAACUUGCCAGUGAAGAUAAGCAGAGAUUGUCAGGAGCUGGAGCCAUCCAUUGGAGAGCAGCUGGCAUCCUUGCUAUAUCUUGAGCCGGAUAGUGAGCUUAUGGCUAUCUCAGUUGCAGCAGAGUCUAAACGGGAAGAAGAGAAAGCAAAAGGAGUGAAUCCAGAUAAUGGAGCGGAAAAUCCAGACAUUGUCCCAUUUGAAGACAAUGAAGAAGAGGAAGAGGAGGAAAGUGAUGAAGAGGAGGAGAGUUUUGGUCAUGGUGUAGGGCCAGCGGGUCAAGGCAGAGGUAGGGGCAGAGGUAUGAUGUGGCCGCCUCAUAUGCCCCUUGGGCGUGGAGCUAGACCCAUCCCUGGAAUGCAAGGUUUUAACCCCGUAAUGAUGGGUGAUGGGUUAUCCUAUGGACCUGUUGCACCUGAUGGUUUUGGUAUGCCAGAUCUUUUCGGUGUGGGUCCCCGAGCUUUUGCUCCGUAUGGUCCUAGGUUCUCUGGUGAUUUUGCAGGGCCCCCAGCAGCCAUGAUGUUUCGUGGGCGACCCUCUCAACCUGGGAUGUUUCCAGGAGGUGGGUUUGGGAUGAUGAUGAAUCCUGGACGUGCUCCCUUUAUGGGGGGGAUGGGGGUUGCUGGUGCAAAUCCACCAAGAGCUGGUAGGCCAGUUAAUAUGCCUCCAAUGUUUCCACCACCUCCACCUCUACCUCAGAAUGCAAACCGCGUUGCCAAACGAGAUCAAAGAACUAAUGAUCGGAAUGAUAGGUAUGGUCCAGGAUCAGAGCAAGGUAAGAGUCAAGACAUGCUCAGUCAAAGUGGUGGACCUGAUGAUGACAUGCAGUAUCAGCAAGGAUACAAAGCAAACCAGGAUGAUCAGUAUCCUGCUGUGAACAACUUCAGGAAUGACGAUAGUGAAAGUGAGGAUGAAGCGCCCAGACGGUCAAGACAUGGGGAGGGGAAAAAGAAAAGGCGAGGCGUAGAAGAUGUUAACACAAGCUCUAAUCAUUAGCUCAUGCUUUCACCAAGCACUGCAUAUUGAUGAUCCACUAACCAGGAUAUGCUAGUUUUCAAUGCUUCUAUUUUUGUCAGAUUGUUUUGUAUGAGUUUUUUUUUUCCCUUCUGAGACCUGAGGACUGGGUUGCUGCAGAAAAGAAUUAUACCUCUGUUCGUUGGUCAUAAUUUUCACAUAAGGUUCAUUGGAUAUAUAAUUUAAUGUAUCAGGAUUAAGAUGGUAACUAGUAGGCUCGAUGAAUGUACACCGACGUAUUUGUAAAGGGAUCGUGACAUUCGACUUCUCUCAGUGAAAAAUGUGGGAUGAUUUAUACCUUACAAAGCAUUUAGUUUAUGGCACAGGUUCAGGCCCAUUUGUGUC